GCAUCUUCUCGAAUCUCUUUCUUUUGAUAUUCAUUUCCUUUUUGAAAAGGGACUAAGUCCUUGGAGUUGAUUUACCCUCUCUCGUCAUGGCUACGAUACCAGUCAUCGUCAAGCAUCAGGGCAAACGCUACGAUGUCGAGCUCGAUCCAUCAUCGAACGGCGAAACUUUUAAGUUCCAACUGUACUCCCUGACCGGCGUCGAACCUGAAAGGCAAAAGAUCUUAGUCAAAGGUGGCCAGCUCAAAGAUGACACCGAACUCUCAACCCUCAAGGCGAAGCCUGGGCAGACUUUUAUGAUGAUGGGAACUCCAUCUGGAGCUGACGGAUCGGCUGGUUUGGCUCGCCCCAAGGAGGCGGUCAAGUUUCUCGAGGAUAUGACAGAGGCAGAAGCUGCUCGGGCUGAGGGGGCCACCCCAGCUGGUUUGCAAAAUCUCGGCAAUACUUGCUAUCUAAACUCGACCCUACAGACUCUACGAGGUAUCCCGGAACUACAACAGGAACUUUUACGUUACAGUUCAACAAGUUCAUCCGAUGGAGCUUCUCGCUUGAGCGAACUCGGUCUCGGAGGUCUUGGCGCGUCGUCGGAUUUGACUGGAUCCUUGAGGGACUUGUACAAACAAAUGUCAGAAACUCAGGAAGGUUUCCCACCGUUGAUGUUCUUGAACGUUCUCCGAAACACAUUCCCACAAUUCGCACAAAAAGCCCAGAACGGUCACGGAUAUGCGCAACAGGAUGCUGAGGAAGCUUGGUCACAGAUCUUGACCCAGCUGCGCCAGAGGCUAAAGAUCAAAGAUGGAGAGACUGAGACUUCGUUCGUUGAUAAAUACAUGAGUGGUCGGUUUGAAUCUACUAUCGAAUGUGAUGAGCCAGCUGGCAAAGAAGCCGGUGAAGAACCCGUCAACUCCUCCGAUGUCUUCCUUAAGCUGGACUGUCACAUUGACAAGGAUAUCAACCAUUUGGGUGAUGGAAUCAAGGCUGGCUUGGAAGAAAAGAUCGAGAAACGCUCAGCUGUGCUAGGCCAUGAUGCUAUUUACACCAAAAAGUCGAGUAUUGCUCGACUACCUAAAUAUCUAACGGUUCAUUUUGUUCGGUUCUACUGGAAACGGGAAAGUCAGAAGAAAGCGAAGAUUAUGCGCAAAGUCACCUUUCCAGCCGAACUCGACGUCGUCGAAUUUUGUACGGAUGAGUUAAAGAAGAGACUGAUCCCCGUUAGAGACAAAGUACGCGAAAUUCGCAAGGAUGAGGAGGAUGCCGAGCGCGCCCGGAAGCGACAAAAACUGGCACAUCGACAAGAAGAGGACCGAAAAGCAGACGCCGAAUCAGGACGGCCAGCUGAACCCUUGCAGAAGAAGAAAAAGGCAGAGGAUGCAGAGACCAGCAAGAACACCGACAAAGAUGGCGAUACCGCUAUGGACGACGUGUUCAAGUCUGAUGAAGAGUACGAAGCUGAGAGGAGGGCCGCUAUUCUUAAGGCGAAAAAGGAGCUUUUCGAGCUCAUUGACCCGAGUCUAGCCACCGACGAUGGAACUAAUCAAUCAGGUCUUUAUGAACUGCGAGGAGUGAUUACCCAUCAAGGCGCCAGUGCGGACAGCGGUCAUUACACUGCAUACGUCAAAAAGCAAGGCCGUCUUGUUGAUGAUGCUCGCGCUCCUGGUGGCAAGCGACGUGAAGAUGAUGGGAAAUGGUGGUGGUUCAAUGACGACAAGGUAACCGAGGUGGAUGCUGAAAAGAUUGAAACCUUGUCCGGUGGAGGCGAAUCCCAUUCAGCACUGAUUCUUCUUUAUCGAGCGAUCGAUCUCCCUAGCAAAGACGAGCUUCAGUCUUAGUUGCGCCCGCUUUUCGCUGCAUGACCCUGAAGACUAAACACCACAAGGUGACAUCUACGAAUAUUUCGAUAUGGGUGUCUUUAUACAGGAUGUCGUUACGGAUAUUUUAUUUGAUAGCGCAUGAACGAAAGCUACUUGAAAUAUAGGGCAAACUGAGCAUAUUCUGCAUUGACGUUAAUUAAGGAUGUACAUGUUGAGCACGAAAAAGACUUGAAUCUAAUGCUUAGACAAGC